CACUUUCCUGCAUCACUUUUGAAUCUUCCUUGCAUAGUGGAGUCGUACAAAACUUAUGAUGACAACGUGCUCAUUAAAUCCGCAGACAUUGGUCAAAUGAUUAUGGUGAGAGAAGAAGGUGAUCCUGUUCCAGAUGUGGUGGAAUAUAGACAUGGCCUCACACCUCCAAUGAGAGAUGCACGAAGACGAAGAUUCCGGAGAGAGACAGAUCUUAAUCCUGAGCUUGUUCGGCGUGUUGAGAAAGACUUGCAGAACAUAAUGUCUGGUGGAACAGCUGAGAAUAUUGAUAUAGAAGUUGUUGAGCAAGAGGAAGGAGGUGAAGCAAGUGCACGCCAUGUGAACAAGAAAGUGACACAACCUGCAACAAAGCCUGACAUUUCCGAGCCCGGGACAGCUGGUGAGGAUCCUGAUGGAACUGAGUCUGAGGAUUCUGAUGAUUCAAUAUAGCCGAGGGCAUUUUCCAGCCUUUGCUAUUGUUAUAGUGGCUACCAAGUCUUACUAUUGUUGUAGUGCACUCUGGUUAGUUGCCGUCAGAAUUUAUUAGAAAUUUUAGUUCUUGUAUUUUAAUACAGUUGGCUUAUCGAGUCUAGGCUUGAAUGUCGCUGUAAUAUAACAGUUUGCAAUGUCUACUUCAGACAUGCGAGCAUGACAAUUGCAAAUUGUGUUCUGUAAAGUGAUGGUCUGUCUCCAGUUUGAUGUAUUGAAUUCGCUUACUUUGUUCUAAGAUAAGAAGUUGUUUAUUGCAAAA